UUGGCGCGGGCCUCGGCGGCCGCACCCUGGGCGAGCUGGCCGAGUCCGAGCUGGAGCGCUACGCCUUCCUCAUGCUGGACCCCGCGGCCUCUGGCCUGGGCGGCGACAACGUGCCCACCGGCGCAGUGACGCGCCGCAUCACGCCCAAGUCCGUGUUCAUCGCGCCGUCGUUCAACGGCGAGCGUGACCAGUGCGCCGAGGGCUACCAGCAAGACGACAUGGGGCGCUGCGUCAAGGUGGUGAAGGUGGACGCGGAGAAGUCCUGGGACCUCUUGUUGGACAAGUUGACCAGCCAGUUCUCCGACGUGCCACUGUCUCUACCGGAGCAGGCUGAACCCACGCCGCCCCCCGGCCCGCCCCCGGGGCCGUUCCAGCUCAACAUUCCCAUCGCCGGGGUGGUUGAACCCGCCCCCAGCCCCGACGUCUCGCCGUCGCCUGCCCCCAGUCCCGCCCCGGAGGAGGCCACGGAGACCGCGACGGAGGCCGUGAGCACGACACCCGCGCUCGAGGAGACAGACACGCCCGUGCCGACGCCGUCCACGGAGGACGCCCACGGCUCCCUCGUCCCGGAGGUGGUGAUGCUCACGUCCGAGGAGCAGCCCUAUGUGCCCGCCCCCGCCCCCGCCCCCAUCCCCCCGGUGCAGAGCGGUGCUUAUCUAGUCAACGGCGCCGCCGCAGUGGCCGCCCCCAACCCCGCCGCCGCCCCCAGCAACGAGGUGCCCUCGGUCUCGCCAGUGAGCGCCCCCGCCGCCCGCCCGGAUGCAGUGGACCCCAUCAUCAACACGGUGAACAACUCCCCGCUGGUGACGGGCGACUCACUGGUGCAGGAGGUGCCCGCCAACCCCAGCCAGGCGGUGGCGGACGCGUCGUCGCACCAGCUUCAGCAGUUGCUGGCCGCGGCUCUGGGGCUGACGGCCACCACGACCACGCGCCCGUUGGAGGCCUCCGCUGUCUCCGGGACGCCGUCGUCAACCCCCACCGCCUCGACGGAGUCCUCGCCGGAGACGCCCUCGGCCGCAUCGUCUCCGUCCUCGACAGAGACUGUGGCUGCGUCUUCCCCCAGCAGAGGCCCCGACGAGGACGUUGUGCCGUCCUCCACGGCCGCCUCGUCUUCAGCUUCGCCCAGCGUCAGCGUGGAGACGACGACGGCCUCCCCGUCCUCCUCGACGACGACGACCACUCCACUGCCCACGACUGCGGCUGCCUCAACCUCCUCAACCGCGAGCGACGAGAGCCGGCCGUCGAGCAGCAACCUGCUGCGGCCCCACUCGCCGCUGUCGCCGCUGUCGCCCGCCGAACGGCCCGCCGAACGGCCCGCCGGCCACGUGCGCUUCCCGUCCAUCGACGUGACGUUCCCCACCAGCCCCGGCACCAGCCCCGGCGGCGGCGACGCCAACCGCCUGCUCCUGGACAAGCCCGUCGUGUUCCCCAAGGACACUGUGGAGAAGCCCAGCCCGUGGUGGCCACCGCUGCCGCCCGCCCCCGCCUUCAUCAGCAACUGGGGCCUGGAGCAGACCCGCAACCGGCCGCAGAACUACCGCUACUGGUCGCGGUCGCCCUCGCGCUUCAGCCACCACCUGAGCCUCGGGGGCAACGCCCUCGGCGGGCUGUCCUCGCCCUCCUCGUCCUCGUCCUCAUCCUCGUCAUCGUCGUCAUUGUCAUCGUCGUCAGCCUCCCAGGAGACCAGCCAGGCUCUCAGGAGAACGCUGUCUCGAGGGUCCUCUGGGUUCUCUGGGUCCUCGGGGUCCUCCCACUCGCACAGGGGCACUUCGCAUCGCCGGGGGAGAGACUGGUGACGAGGUGGCCCUGGACCUGGAAUCCUGGGAGAGGAGGAGGAAGAGACGCCAAAGUUCCUGCCGUACUGACGGCGAGGUCGAGGGCCGAGGCUGCCAACCACCCUCGCCUCGCCGCCUCGCCAACCCGAGUCCUGUAUUGAUAGCACCUGUAUGUAUCAAGACUGUCUAUGUGUGCUUGUUUGCGUGCGUAAGUGUGAAUGUGGUUGGGUGGGGAGAAAGGAACACAAGCUUUAUUUUUUGUUGUUUGUUUUAGUGAUAGUUCUUGUGAAAAUAUCUGUUCGGGGAAGGCCGCACAUGUGACUUCUCCUCAUCCACUAGUGAAUGUUGCCAAAAUAUGUGUGUGUGUUGUUUGUAGUUAAAUAUAUUUAUUGUUAGCCAAUUAAUUAUAAAGUGUAUGGGCAUUGACCUCGCAGAACUGAAGACCUACCAACCACCAAAUGCUAUGUUCUACAAUUCUUCAUCACAUCACAACCAAGCCUAUACUUUGUGGCCAAAGAUCUCAUGAAUUUCUCCUUUAAUCCUGUGAUUAGUACUCUUGCAUGUUUUUAAUAUAGUAACCUGUGUGAACAUCACAUUUUAGCCUUGUAUUUUUGUUGUAACGAGAGGGGACACUUUAUGUUGUAGCCUUUGAUGUUCCAAACUACAUUAUGCCUCUGCAUUCUGUUUGUAUGUAUAUGUGUAAAAAGUACUGUGUCAAGUGUGAGAAGUAUUUAUGAAAUAUUUUAUUCAAAGUUUAUUGAUUGUUCACAAAAAAGAAUUUGUGCAUCCUCACUUCAUUUAUUCACUCUUUGGAGUUUCUUACUAGAACCAUAUCAGUAUAAUCUGCGUUAUUAGAAUCAUCUCAGUUUCAUAAUGAUUUUUUUUCAUGUUUAUUCUACUAAAUCGCAAUUCUCAUUAUUAAUUGACUCAAUCAAGAUUUUUAAGUAAACGUGAUAUGAUCAAAUUUAAAAUGAUUUUUCUUUUGGAAACUAUUAUUUACUGUGGGACUAUAAUGACUGCAGAGACGUCUCACUUAAUCUUGACCUUAGGAGUCAUAAUGUUUUAACAGCAUAACUCUUUUGUCAGCUAACUGAUGUAUUAACUCAUGCCGACUGACCAUAUGUUAUAAUUUGCCCAUGCAGAGUAAAAAUUCUGAGGCUUCUCUUUUGUAAACAUUGUUAAUAUUUGUAAAUAGUAUAUAUUGUAUUCACAUGUUAAUGUAUAAAAUUACAGCCCCAAGAAUAGAUAUUUAUUAAUAAUCGUUAUUACUCUGCUAAAACACAUGGUAUGGUCACUCAUACCUCUCAGUUCUUGGCAUAUUUAAUCAUUCAAGCCAUACAUUCAUUCUUUCAGGAAUGAAUUGUAACAGGCGAACUUGAGAUGGGUUUUGUGUAAAUGAGCUCAAUACUGUAAUGGAAAUUGCAUGGGAAAUAUUUUCUUUAAAAAGAAGGGAAGGAACGGGCUGGGGUGGGACCAUCCAUGCUUUUUCUAACGCGCGACUGCUUAUUUACAUGAAAUGCGUACAUACUUGAUAUGUGAUGAAAUGUGAUUUAAAUACAACUGUAGUUACAAGGUAAGUUGUUAGUUAAAAACCAUUUAAAUGUAAAAAAAGCAAAAUCAAUGUUAUUGCUUAUGUUGUACAGAUGUAAAUAAACUGUAAAAAGAAGGAUUGAUCCAAAAUCGACAAGUAAAUAAUUUUAAACAAACCGUAA